GAGCGCUGCGUCGGCUAGAGCUGCGGAGUAGCUGCUCUCCCCCCCCCCCACCCCCGCUUCUGGGCUCCGGGCUCCAGACCGUCCCCAGUCCUUUGCAAAAGGGCUAUCGAUCCCUUUCCUCUUUACCCGCUCCCUACCCGAACCCCGUCCCUUUCCCCAGCUAUCCGCGGUGGUCUUUUGGCACCCUCGCCCCCUCACUCCCGCAGUCAUGGGCAUCCGUGGCAUGCUGCGAGCUGCUGCGCUCCUGCUGCUCAUCAGGACUUGGCUCGCGGAAAGCCAUGGUCCGGAUCCCAGCCCCAAAUUCAACUUCGAGUACUCCGACACCAAGCCCGAAGUCUUCCCAGACCUCUUCAACUGCCAAAAUUGUGCAAGUGAAGCUGUGGUUCAGAAAAUUUUGGACAGAGUGCUGUCAACAUAUGAUGUCCGACUGAGGCCAAAUUUUGGAGGUGCCCCUGUGCCUGUGGCAGUGUCUAUCUAUGUCUCCAGUAUCGAACAAAUCUCCGAAGUAAAUAUGGACUAUACAAUCACCAUGUUUCUGCAUCAGACCUGGAAGGAUUCACGCUUAGCGUACUAUGAGACCGACUUGAACUUGACCCUGGAUUAUCGCAUGCAUGAGAAGUUGUGGGUCCCUGACUCCUACUUUGUGAAUAGCAAAGACGGAUUUGUGCAUGAUGUAACUGUAGAGAAUCGGGUGUUUCAGCUGCACCCAGAUGGGACGGUGCGAUACGGCAUCCGACUCACCACCACAGCAGCCUGUUCCCUGGAUCUGCGGAAGUUCCCUUUGGACAAGCAGGCCUGCAAGCUGGAGAUGGAGAGCUAUGGCUACACACUUGAGGACAUUAUACUGUCCUGGGAAGACAAUGAGAAUUCCAUCCAUAUGACUGAGGAAGUGCACAUUCCUCAGUUUACCUUCCUGGGGAGGACAAUUACUAGCAAGGAGGUGUAUUUCUACACAGGUUCCUACAUGCGCCUGAUCCUGAAGUUCCAGGUCCAAAGGGAAAUCAACGGUUACUUUGUGCAGGUGUACUGGCCAACGGUCCUCACCACCGCUCUCUCCUGGAUAUCGUUUUGGAUGAAAUAUGAUUCUUCUGCAGCCAGGGUGACAGUUGGCCUAACUUCAAUUCUUAUCCUGAGCACCAUCGACUCACAUGUGAGGGAUAAACUUCCCAACAUCGCUUGUGUCAAGGCCAUUGACGUCUACAUUCUCGUGUGUGUGUUCUUCGUGUUCCUGUCUCUGCUGGAGUAUGUCUACAUCAACUACCUGUUCUUCAGCCGAGGACCUCAGCACCAUCGCAGACGACAGAGGAGACCCCGAAGGGUUGUGGCCCGCUACCGCUACCAGGAGGUGGUGGUGGGAAACGUCCAGGAUGGCCUGAUUAACGUUGAAGAUAGACCCGGCGCUGUUCCCAACAGCCCUGUGCAGGCCCGUCUGGCGAGCCCGGAAAGCCUGGGCUCCUUGGCAUCCACUUCCGAGCAGGCCCAGCUGGCAACCUCAGAGAGCCUCAGCUCACUCUCUUCCGUCUCCGAGCAGGCCCACCUGGCCACUGGCGAAAGCCUGAGCGAUCUCCCCUCCACCUCUCAGCAGACCCUGCACGACUAUGGCAUUCACUUUCAUGGCUACCACACCAAGGACAGUAUCAUUCCUAUCAAAAUCCGCAACCGUGCUGAUGUCUGUGAUGAUGAAGACUCCGACGACAGCCUAAGCUCAGAUGACGACGAUGUCUAUGGCCAUGGCCGUGGCUCCAGCGGAAGGUCCAUGCCGUCCCACGGCCAGAGCGCAUAAUUAAGUGUCAACGAGCUCACUGACCCAUCACAUCGUUGGAUCCUCACAGGAGCCCUGUGAGCCAGGGAAGACAAAAGCACCUUCUCCCCAGAAUUCCAAGGAAAAAGUGGAGCUUUUGUGCCAUGCUUAAGGAUGCUUGUUCUUUCUCCUUAUCCACUCUCAACCGACGCAGCCCCAUGUGUCCCCACCCCUUUGCACAAGAGGGUGCUCGGAAAGAAUCUACUUGUCAGGCUGCCAAGCUCAUUGGACAGCAUCUGGAGCACCUCUGCGGGAGGAGUCCCUUGACCAGCCACUGAACACAAACUGAGCAAGUGGACACCAGGGCCCUGCUCACCCAAUUUGCCAUGCAGCAACAGCUCACUGAUGGAGGCCAUGAGGGAAUGAGCUAUGCCAAGCACUCAACCUGUUUCCCCCUUCCUCCCUAGGCAGCCUCUCCUGUAGCCCCUUACUCCUUUGCUUGCCCACCUUCUUAAGUACGCUUCUGUAUUCAUGGUUUUAUGUGUCCCUGGAGAUGAGUGGCAGGGCAUCAAGGUAGGUCAGCGUGUGAUGCAAUCAUUUGAGAAGUCUGUGUUGGUAUGUAUGGAAGCAUAUCUGUAUUUGUGUGUGUUCGUGUAUGUGUACAUACCGCUGUGAAGGCCUCGCUUACACAUCUGUGUGCUUAUGUGUACAUCUGUGAAUGUAGUCUGUGUACCUUUGUAGAAUAAGUAUAUGUACGUAUACCUGUUAAUCAAGUUGAAGUGAGUGUAAAAGAAGUACAUGGGAAAUUAUAUGUAUUCCCUUCUAGAACCAUCAGGAUUCCUAUGGCCUAUUCUGACACAUGAAGGAAGUUUUAUUUGGCUGGAUUGGUUAACUCUUUCUUUCCAAUUCCCUUGUUCUAGGGAGUAGGGUCUCCUGGGUCCGUUAACUCCUAUUUCUCCCUCCACCCAUCUGUGCUGUCUCCUGGAUAGAAGACCCAGAGGAAUUCAAUGUAGUCCUGAGAAGCAGGAAAUAUAGUGCCUUGGAAGUAGCAAGUGUUCAAUCCAUGGAGUAAAGCUGGGACUGCUGAAGCCUACCCCGUCCAGAGAAAGAAUCAGUGUGGGUGACAGGAAAGUGCAAAGAAUGCCAGGUAGUAACGGCCUAGACCGGCCCAGCAUGUUGUUUCUUCUCUUCUGCACACAUAAACACAGCCACAGCUUCUUACACACAGACACCCACCCACACGAAUGCACAUGUACACAGAAGGUGGGCAUUCACCUUCAUCAGUAUAUUCACAGAUGUGCACACACAUACACACACACACACACACACACACACACACACACACGCACACACA